CAAUUAGAUCACAAAAAUUAUAUGUAUUAUCUAAAAUCUAAAAUUAAAUCUAAAAUCUAUUUAGUUUGUAUACCCAACUAAAAGAGUCGCGAGACACGCGUUGGUGCAGCUCCCUGUUUAUGAACGAAAUUUCCAAAAUGAGGCUUAAACCAAACAGGGAUGUUUUACUUUUGUGUCUUGGCUUUCUUUGUUUCAGCCAAAUAUGCUGUGUAAGCCUCGAAAUCGUGCGAAGACAAAAGAGACACGGAGAGGAAAAAACAGAUGAUGUUAGAGUGGGGACAAUUAUGUUCGGCAGAGGAGAUAUUCCUGAUUUUGGCCCUGUGAAAAGUGAAGGAAAUCGACACAUUAGCGAGGACACUGCAGACGAUGGCUUUAACAAUCAAGCCGACGCUGGUGGGUUGGUGGGUGGACAAGAUGUCAUUGAUGACUCCAGUUCUAAGACAGCCUGGGCUAGUAUGCGACCAACUGUGUUAUGUACUAAGGACCUCAUGACGUUCUCGGCACAAGGCCCAGGAUCAUCUUCUCUUCAGCUAGACAGAGGAGGAAAACCCCUUUCGCUAAACCAGCUGCCGCAGGACUGUGGUUACUCUGUGUACAGGACUGAACUGGGCCUUCUGUUUCUCAUCCCCUAUGAUGGUUGUGAUGUUAUAAAUCAGGGUGGCAACCAUUUGCUCCAGAUGUUAUGGCAAAGCAAUCCAGUAACCCUUUGUUGCCGUAUGUCAACCCAAGCCUCACAAUCUCCUAUGGAUCCACCACUUCAGCCUACUCCUGCUCCAACAGAAGCAACUUCAUCCACUGCCUCUAAGCUUCCUCCACAAAAUCAGCAGCAGCAACAACAGUUGAUGCAGCAGCAUCAGCAGUUGAAUAACCCCUACUUCAUGUACACAGGAUACUCUAACCCUUUCAUGCCAGUGAAGAAUCCCUCCCGAACUACUGAAGCUCCAACUACUACAGAAGCAACUUCAUCCACUGCCUCUAAGCUUCCAACACAUAAUCAGCAGCAGCAACACUCCAACUACAGAAGUGACUUCAUCCACGGCCAUUCCGUCAGAACUGCCAACUACCAGCUGCCCUGA